UCUAAACAAUCUAAACAUUAAAUAGUACAGCUGCCUCAAAUCCCUGGGAAUUUCAGAAUGACUGACACUUCUGAAGCUGUUCCAAAUUUUGAAGAGAUGUUUGUCAGUAGAUUCACAGAUGACAAAGAGUACCAGGAAUACCUGAAACGCCCUCCUGAGUCCCCUCCAACUGUUGAGGAAUGGAAUAGCAGAGCUGGUGGGAACCAAAGAAAGAGAGGCAAUCGGUUGCAAGAUAACAGACAGUUUAGAGGUAGGGAUAGCAGACGGGGGUGGCCAAGUGACAAUCAAUCCAAUCAGUGGCAUGGACGAUCCUGGGGUAACAAUUACCCGCAGCACAGACAAGAACCUUACUACCCCCAUCAAUAUGGACACUAUGGUCACAACCAACGGCCUCCCUAUGGCUACUACUGAUAGAGAUGUCAGCAGUUUUUAGUAAAACC